AUGCCGGGUACCAAGUCGUUUUUCCCGACGUACGACCGCAAGUGGAAGGAGGAAGUGCGGCAGAUCCAGGAGAAAACGCCGCACCAGAAUGUGGACUCUGACUGGCAGAAGACUCUGGAGGAGAGACUGCAACCGGGCACCUCCACCGUAGAUCUUGUGCCGUCUCGUAAACGACGGAAGAUAGACCCCAUUCCUAUCAUCAACUCACUGGCCACAAGGUCUAACUAUUCCCGAGACAAGCAGGGUAAUAUACUGGGCGUGAAAACAAUACCAUUUAUACUGGUGCAAUGUUUCCAGGAAAUAUUGGACAAUAUUGAGUCACUAGAGUUUCCCAGUCAGAUAGGGGCAGUGUUACGGUCUCAGGCUCUGAAGCACAUGAUGUCCUACACGCGGGAUGCAACGGCUGCUACUAGAUUUGAAUUCUGGAUCUCAGAGACUUUACAUGAAGAAAUUAUGCAGCCAAAGACAGAGAAGAAUAAAGAGCGUGUGACCACCCUUCUAUCGUUGCUUAGAGAGUUUGAAGAUUUUAUUCAGGAAGGCAUCCCCACAGUGGACCUGGUGCUAUCUGACUACCUUCAGCACUGGAAUGGCCUUGACUACUCUACACAUAUACUGAAGCUUCUAGCGCGAUUCAGGCUGCAUAGAUUUGAGGGUGAGUUAUGA